AUGGUUACAUCUAGUGGCAACGAUAUUAUAACACUAUUUGCUAAUUUUCUAAGCGUAAUUACUGUUGCAAUAUGCUUUAUUUUAAAAAUUCCUCAAAUUUUAACCAUUUUAAAAGUUGGAAAUGCCAAAGGUAUAAAUAUUAUUGCGCUCUUAAUGGAGCUAUCCAGCUACACCAUCAUGAUGUCCUACAAUUAUAGAAGUGGAUAUGCUAUUUUAAGCUAUCUUGAAUAUCCCAUUAUACUAAUUCAAGAAAUAAUACUAAUAGUUUGUGUGUUAUACUAUAAAGAUAUGUUAAAUAUUACCAGUUUAGCUGGCGCAUCUGUUUACUUUUUAACUGCAGCUUCAUUUUUACUGGGAAUGGUCCCACUGGGACUUCUUGCUUUUUUAGUGCCCCUCUGUACCCCAAUUGGAGCUUCCUCAAAAGUUGUACAGCUUUAUGAGAUUUUAAGAACAAGAAAUUCAGAAUCAGUGAGUGUUCUUACAUGGUUUAUCUCUGCAUUUACUAAUUUUACUCGUGUAUUCACUAUAUGUGUGGAAUCAAUGGAUCUCACCUUACUUCUUAAUUUCACUAUCAACACCUUCUUGAGUAGCUCAGUAAUGAUAGCAGCUUACUGGUUCAAACAUCCCAAGAGAGAUUAA